CCACGCCUGUUGUUGUGGCGUCUGCCCUCCGUCAGUCGCUCCCCCCUGUUCUCACCCCUUUUUCCCCGUCACACCUCCCCCUCUUUCUCUCCCUCUGCCUAUUCCUUCAGUCUAGUUCCGUUGUCCCGUUGGCUUUUUGUAGGGGGUAGAGGGUGGGAUCUCGCGAUUGUUGGACUUUUUUGGAGACUGUGGAAGAUGGCGCCCGUUGUGACGGGGAAGUUUGGCGAGCGACCUCAACCACAACGUCUGACAAGAGAGGCUAUGAGGAACUACCUAAAGGAGAGAGGUGACCAAACUGUACUCAUACUGCACGCGAAAGUCGCUCAGAAGUCUUAUGGCAAUGAGAAAAGGUUUUUCUGCCCGCCUCCGUGUGUGUAUUUGAUGGGUUGCGGCUGGAAGAAGAAGAGGGAGGAGAUGGAGAAAGAUGGCUGCUCAGACCAGGAGGCCCAGCCCUGCGCAUUUAUCGGCAUCGGCAACAGCGAACAAGAAAUGCAGCAGCUCAAUCUGGAGGGGAAGAAUUUCUGUACAGCCAAGACCCUGUACAUCAGUGACUCAGACAAGAGAAAGCACUUCAUGCUGUCAGUCAGGAUGCUGUACGGCAACAGCAGCAACAUUGGAAUGUUCCUGAGCAAGAGAAUCAAGGUCAUCUCCAAACCUUCCAAAAAGAAACAGUCUCUGAAGAAUGCUGACCUGUGUAUAGCGUCGGGGACCAAGGUGGCAUUGUUUAACCGCUUACGUUCUCAGACGGUCAGCACGCGCUACCUCCACGUAGAAGGAGGCAACUUCCACGCCAGCUCUCAGCAGUGGGGAGCCUUCCACAUCCACCUCUUGGAUGAUGAGGAGUCUGAAGGGGAGGAGUUUGCAGUGAGGGACGGCUACAUCCACUAUGGCCAGACAGUCAAACUGGUGUGCUCUGUGACUGGCAUGGCCCUGCCCAGACUGGUGAUCCGUAAGGUGGACAAGCAGACCGCUCUGAUGGAUGCAGACGACCCAGUUUCCCAGCUCCACAAGUGUGCCUUCUACCUGAAGGACACAGAGAGGAUGUACCUCUGCCUUUCCCAGGAGAGGAUCAUCCAGUUCCAGGCCACACCUUGCCCCAAAGAGACCAAUAAGGAGAUGAUCAACGAUGGUGCUUCCUGGACCAUCAUCAGCACGGACAAGGCAGAGUACACCUUCUACGAAGGCAUGGGCCCGGUGCCCAACCCAGUCACCCCAGUCCCUGUGGUGGAGAGUCUGCAGCUGAAUGGAGGAGGGGAUGUGGCCAUGUUGGAGCUGACAGGACACAACUUCAUCCCCGAACUACGAGUGUGGUUUGGAGAUGUGGAGGCCGACACCAUGUACAGGUGUGGGGAGAGCGUGCUGUGUGUGGUCCCAGACAUCUCGGCCUUCAGGGAGGGCUGGCGCUGGGUCCGCCAGCCCGUCCAGGUGCCCGUCACGCUGGUGCGCAACGACGGCAUCAUCUACUCCACCGCCCUCACCUUCACCUACACCCCCGAGCCGGGGCCGCGGCCCCACUGCAGCGCGGCCGGCGCCAUCCUCAGAGCCCACAGCACCUCCUCCUCCUCGCCCACGUCGUCUUCCUCCCCCUCGUCCUCGUCCUCGCUGGGGGGCAUGGGGGACGGACAGGGGGGCUAUGCCACCAGCGGCUCCACCAGCAGCAUGUCGUCUGCCUCGGUGAUGUCGGUGUCCUCGUAACGGAGUGUGUGUGCGUGCAUGUGGAGGCUUAUGGACCUGUAUGGGACUAUGUACUUGAUGACCAUUUGAAGGAGCACUUGAGCUGAGAAGAAGGAUGAAAAGACAUGAGACUUUGAAACAUCUUUCUGGUGCCUCUGGUGCCCACGUGUGGCCGUUAUUGGAAAUGAGCGAUGUGUCGGACUUGACUCUUAAGGGAUUUCGCUUACAUUUCUUUCAUCAACCACCUCACUUUGACAAAAGCCUGUUUUGUAAAAGGAACUUUUUUUUAUACUACGGUCGCCUGUGAACGACUUUCACCACACACCUUUUCUAUUGAGGAUGUUCCAACAUGAGGGCUUGAAGAUGUACUGCUUGUGUGCAAGGGAAACCUGUGUGGGGAAAAAACAUUAUUAUGGUAACAGUUUCUAUGGACCAAGGAAUAUUAUUAUAUUAUUAUUGUAUUCUUAUGAUAUUUUAUAAGCUUUAGCUGAGGUACAAUUUCACUUUUUUUGUAUUAUAACUUUAUAGUAAUUGAAGUACACUUUUGUUACCAAAUAGUUUUGAUUUAUUUGUUUUCUUCUCGCGUUUGAGACAUUUCUGUCUUUAAGGAGGGUAGGAAGGUAAUGUGUGCAUCUUAAGUUGUCUAAACUGGUUUCCCUCUCCUUGUCUCCUCCAGUUUUACAGACAUACAAGAGUAGUGAGGAAUGAGAGCAAACUCACACUUCCACUACACUGCCAGUACUUCCUGUUUCUUCCGGUCAGGUGAAGGUGAAAGCAAACUGUUAACUUGGGCUGUCACUAACAACUGUUCUGGUAGUCCAAGAUUUGUUCAUUCACUCAGAUAAGAAAAUAACAAUAAUACAAAUUGAGAAAAUAUUGCCUUACAAAAUUAUACCACUGGUAAUGCAAGAGCUGUAAUAUUACUGCAUAAUCAUGUAACUAACAUGUAAUUAAAGAUUUUUUAUCUUA